GUGGGCCCGCAUGGAAAAUCUCGACAACCGCCUCAAUGAUCGUAUCACCAACAUCGAGAAGGUAUAGUUUGUCCCACUUGGCUUUGUAGUGUAAUCUAACAAUCUGGAAGGACUUCGGCAACUUCAGGGCCGAGACAAAUAAAACAAGCGGCGAGAUUGGGGUCUUGGUCGAGCAGGGCUUUGGGCAGGUGCGUGCAGAGAUUGGCCAGGUGCGUGCCGAGGCGAUAGAGACCCGUGGGACCUUGUGUACUGAGAUGAUGGAGACCCGUGGGACCUUGCGUACUGAGAUUAUGGAGACCCGUGGGACCUUGCGAACGGAGAUUGAGAAAACUCGCGGAGACAUUAAAAGUCAACUCAGACCACUGGUCUGGCAGGUCGGUGUUUUACUCGCGGGAGCAACUGUGGUUUGUAUAAUAUUCACUUACUACCCAUUCAUUGCUUACUAAUAUUCAUUAGUUCGUGAGCUCCCUCAUGAAGGCUCAUUUUUUUCCGAACGUCUCGGGAAAGGAAAAACAAGUCUCCCUGGCCACAGAGGCUGAUGGCCUUGGCCCCGUCCCCAGGUGCCCCCCAGUUGCCCCCGCGCAGCCCCGCCCGGUUGCCCCUGGCCCCACUGGAGCCAGCUAG